GUUAAAUGCGGGCAGAAAAAAAGCAAAUAUAGCUUUAUGUUUUUGAGAAAAAUCACUGAAAAAAUAGUUCAUAAAGCGUGGUGAAGAGAAUCCGAUAAACAUGUGGAACUGUACUGCUGCCAAAGCCGGACCUUUAAAGUGUGACACACGACGGAAGUAAACAACAACAACAAAAAAAAACCAUUCUCGUUAACGGAUCACAUGAAAAUGUGGUGCAUCUUUAAUUAGACAACAACAAUGUCUUCAGUUGAGUGUUUGAGGCAGUUUGUUAACGAGCGGUUGACGGCCGCGGCUCAGGAGAUCUUCAGCGUGUUUGAGAAAACUAUCUCCGACUACGAAGAAGAGAUCAACCGUCAGCGCAGGCUGCUCACCAUCGCCUGGAAACCUGAAGUUAAGUUGCACAAAACAGAGCUCCCACAAGAUUUCAUUAACGUGGAGGACAUUCCAACGGAGCUGCAGCUCAAGACAGGACAGAACAGGAAGUCUAUUUCGGAAAAAGAAGAUAGAGAGCAGAUUCCAGAGAGCCAUGAAGAAAUCCUCACCUGUCCUGAGGAAGGAGAAGUUGAGCUGAAAGAGGAAGUUGAAACUCUUUUUCCAAGUAUUACCUGUGAUGAGGGUUACAAUGUUGUCUUGUCAAAUCCUGCGGAUGAGGAGUCCACAGACGCGGUGUCUGUUAAAGGUGUAACAGAAGGCAAUACUGAUGAUCAGCUUGUCUCUAGAUAUUCUCAAGAUGUAAGCAAAGGCCAGAAUGAAGGAAAUCAUAGUGGUUCUGUAAUAACCAGACGCAUGGAGACAAGACUGCAGAGGAGACAUCACAGAAUCAGUGAACAUAGUCCCAUCACGUUCAAGACUCCUAUUUACACUCACAAGGGGAAAAUAUGCGAGUUUGUGUGUGAAUACUGUGGAAAAGCGUUUCCGUAUAGAUCCAGGCUGAUGCGGCACCAGAUCAUCCACACGGGCGUGAAGCCGUAUUGUUGCCACACCUGUGGUAAACGAUUCAACCAGACAUCGAUCCUGAAAGUCCACCAGCGGAUUCACACGGGCGAGAGGCCGUUCUCCUGUGACAUAUGCGAGAAGCGCUUCAACCAGAAGUCCAUACUGAACGUUCAUAAGAAAAUCCACUCAAUCGAGAGGCCGUAUUCCUGCGAUUUCUGCGGCCGAAGGUUCAAGCAGAAAUCAAAACUGGAAUCUCAUGUCAUAUGGCACUCAGACAUACCACAGCCGGUUUUCUUUAAGGAGGAAAACUUUCUCUCCGACCAGCAGCUCUUUAACCAUGACCGUCACUCUGCAUUGGAGUUGGGGUUUCCAAAAGUCAAAGAGGAACAGGAAGACGUCUGCUUGGCCCAGAAGGAGCAGCUUGUGUUGAAGCAGGAGACAGACAUGUUCUUGAUCACUGUUCCUCAUGAUGAAGGUCACGAUCACGGUGUGGCCCAAACACUCAACAGGACCUUGGCAGAGGAAGAGUCGAUCGAGAUCAUAUCAGAUGACAAAGGUGGGAAACAACUGGAGAAGACGCAUCCCAGAAUCUGUAACGUCUACAAUCCUAUCCUGUUCAAAACUUCAUGCAACUCUUUUGUCGAUAGAAAGUGUGAAUAUAAAUGCAAUACGUGUGGGAAAGUGUUUCAGUUUAAGUCCAGACUGAUAAGACACUUCCGAAUCCACACGGGCGUGAGGCCGUACUGCUGUCACAUCUGCGGCAAGAGGUUCAACCAGAAAUCCAUCCUGCAGGUCCAUCAGCGGAUCCACACGGGCGAGAGGCCUUUUUCCUGUGACAUCUGCGGGAAAUGCUUCAACCAGAAAUCCAUACUGAACGUUCACAAGAGGAUCCACACGGGUGAGAGGCCGUAUUCCUGCCAAGUGUGCGGCAAGAGGUUCAACCAGAAGUCAAUACUGGACGGCCACGUCAGGACGCACACGGGCGAGAGGCCGUAUUCCUGCAAGACAUGCGGCAAAAGCUUCAAAAGUCAGUCCAGCCUGCUGGUUCACAUGAAGAUGCACGCGGACAAGAAGACCUACUCCUGUGAAAUGUGGGAGAGACUUCAUGCAUCCAUGUCCGUUUCGACCAUGUAUCCAGUUCAAAGUAUGCGCAAGUUUGUCUGCGAUCGCCUGACUGCGGCAGCUCAGGAGAUCCUGGGAGCGUUUGAGAAGAGAGUAGAGGAUUAUGAAGCGGAGCUCGCUCGGCAGCGCAGGAUGUUGGACAUGGCGUUUUCCCCAGAGUUAAAGUUACAGAGGGCAGAGAUGAAGGCUCUCCUACAUCAGCAGCAGCACGGCAAUAAUUACGACGUGUCCAGAUUUUUACCAGAUACUGUGCAGAUUAAAGAUGAGCAUGAGGAAAUAAGCAUCUGCCAAGAAAGAUCACAGCCUUUGCAGCAUCACGAACGGCAGCAGCCUUUGCAGCAUCAAGAAAGACAGCUGCCUUUGCAGCAUCAUGAACGGCAGCAGCCUUUGCAGCAUCAAGAAAGACAGCUGCCUUUGCAGCAUCAUGAACCGCAGCAGCCUUUGCAGCAACAAGAACAGCCGCAUCCUUUACAGCAUCAAGAAAGGCAGCUGCCUUUGCAGCAUCAAGAACGGCCGCAGCCUUUGCAGCAUCAAGAAAGACAGCUGCCUUUGCAGCAUCAUGAACGGCAGCAGCCUUUGCAGCAACAAGAACAGCCGCAUCCGCAGCCUUUACAGCAACAAGAACAGCCGCCUUUACAGCAUCAAGUAAGGCAGCUGCCUUUGCAGCAUCAAGAACGGCCGCAGCCUUUGCAGCAUCAAGUAAGGCCGCUGCCUUUGCAGCAUCAAGAACGGCCGCAGCCUUUGCAGCAUCAAGAACGGCCGCAGCCUUUGCAGCAUCAAGAACGGCUGCAGGCUUUGCAGCAACAAGAACGGCCGCAGCCUUUGCAGCAACAAGAACGGCUGCAGGCUUUGCAGCAACAAGAAAGGCUGCUGCCUUUGCAGCAACAAGAACGGCAGCUGCCUUUGCAGCAACAAGAACGGCAGCUGCCUUUGCAGCAACAAGAACGGCCGCUGCCUUUGCAGCAACAAGAACGGCCGCAGCCCUUGCAGCAACAAGAACGGCCGCAGCCUUUGCAGCAACAAGAACGGCCGCAACCUUUGCAGCAACAAGAACGGCCGCAGCCUUUGCAGCAACAAGAACGGCCACAGCUUUCACAACCGCAAGAACGACCGCAGCUUUCACAACUGCAAGGAGUCCCAGUCUCCACACUGACUCCAGCUUCUUGUCCGAAUACCACCAGUGGUCAGUCACAGCCAUUAGGUCCUGAAAAAGAGAAUGGAGCAAAUACAAAUCUUGCGUCUAAGAGCUUAAACAGAGUCAUAGAGUCUGGAUGGAAGGAGGGGACAGCGUCAGUGAGUGAGCAUCAUCUUUCUCAAACUUCAGGGGGAGCCGAAAUCCAACAUGACAAUAGAGGGGCAUCACCUACUGAACCUGCAGCGCCAACUUCAGCUGAGAGGAGCCCAGUAUUAGCUACAAACUCGGAGGAAGCAUUUGAUGAUGCAUUUUUAGAUGCAAAUUAUGAAGACAUCUUGAAUGAAAUUGAUGACAACACCUUUGCACUCUCCAGUAUGAGUCCUGAACAGUCAUUAAAUAUGAGCUUUGAUGAUUUAAAUGAAACGUCAACCAGCAUUACAGAACAGACACAGUUGGGGAAAGAUCAUGUUGGAAGCUCAGUGUUGAUAGGCAGCACUGAUCUAACACAAAAGUGUAAUACUGAGUUCACAACACUAGCUUCAAGCAAUGGGGCCACACCAACAAGGAUGUGUACAGGUUACAAUAACAGCUCAGCACCUGGAAGAAACUGUGAACUAGAAGCAAGUAAGAUUCAAGAUAAAAAUCAAAUUUUAACUAGAAGUGUUGAGCCAACUCAACCUGAGGUGAAUCAAGGUUGGAGGCCAGAAUCUUCCAUCCUGAUUGUGCUAACACCAGUUGAUGAAUAUCAAAAUGAGACACGAGCCACAACUGCGAUGGCAGAAGAUCAAGGCAAGAGAGCCUUUAGUUCUAGCAACCAAGAUAAGAGCACAACAUUAACCAAAUCUGCUGAGCUGACACCAAGCGAGAAAAUUCAAGAAGGAGUAACAGCAAUGGAAAAUGUUGAUCAAACAUCACAGAAUGAAAACUGUGAUAUGAGUUUAUCGUCAGCAAAAAGUACAGAGCAACCAUCAAGCCAGGGUGGUAUCAAAGAGUCUGUGACAUCGACUGAUAGAACAGAACACACCUCAAAGAAAAAUCAUAAACAAGAGAGGACGCCUUUGCAUGGAAGUACACAUCCGCCAUCAAAAACAAAGUCAAAAGAUGGGAGAACACCGACUUCAACAAGAUCACUCAAGAAACCCAGACAAGAAAGCGCAAGAUCAACUACAGAUAAAACUCUCAGUGAAAAGACUGCCGCCAAUCAAUACACAGAUUAUAAUAUAAAACCUCAAGAGGAGGAAGAAACUUCCAACCUCAUUUCAAAUUCUGCACAAAAUGAUGAACAUGGCGGCAACAAAGCAUCUUCUACUGGAGAUAUUGAGAUGACACAGAGUGACCACGGUCAGAAAACAGAAAUAGCGCCAAGUAAAACAUCAAGUGGUAGGAAAAAGGCAGCCCCACAUUCUAAGUCCAAAGAUAAAUCAAGAAAUCAAAACAACGAAGUAACUAAUGUUGGAAAAUCUCACAAUGAAGAUGCACAAAGCAUGGAAGCAACAUCUCCCGAGAGGAUAAGAGAUGGUCAGGGUUCUGAGUCGCCGCAAAAAAGGAUGCAUAAAGACGAAGUUUCCAUAUCAACUAGAAGCAAAGAAGUCAAAAAGUAUGACACACGCAGCAAAGAAAGCACAACAUCAAAUCAAGAUCCCGACCCACCUCUGUCCAAUACCGAUGACAGCGAAUCAAGUCAAGGAGAGGAGAAGGUGGAAAACCCCUACAAGUGCGACAGAUGUGGCAAAGUAAUGUCCAACUUCAAGAACUACAAAUUCCACAUGAAGACUCACACAGUCGCAAAGACCUACAAGUGUGACACUUGUGGGAAAAUGUUUAGAGAGAGCUGGGACCUGAACAAGCAUUUGGUCAUCCACUCUGCUGAGAAGCCUUACAAAUGUGACGUCUGCGGAAACGGUUUCAACCGCCGCUACAACCUGGACCUGCACCUCCGGGUACACACGGGGGAAAAGCCGUACAUUUGCAAAACGUGCGGAAAGACAUUCAGCUCGUGCGUCAAUAUGAAGAAGCACAUGAGGAUUCACACGGGCGAAAAGCCCUACACGUGCAAAGAGUGUGGCAAAGAGUUUGCGGACUCUUCCGCCUUCAAAAACCACCUGCGGGUGCACACGGGGGAGAAGCCUUUCAAGUGUUCCUACUGCAAGAAGAAGUUCGCCACCAGGACGACUUUGAAGAGACAUAUCAGGACGCACACGGGCGAGAAGCCAUACAAGUGCACUGUUUGUGGUCGAAACUUCGGCCACAGAACCGACCUGAAGGGCCACAUGAGGAUGCACACAGGCGAGAAGCCUUAUAAAUGUACUACUUGUGGAGAGGACUUCUCCACCUGGUCAAAACUUAACAAACACAAGCGGAUCCACUCAGGUGAAGCACAAGACUCCACUGAAUAACAUGUUAAAUUUAUUGUAAGGUAUUUAAAUAGCAAGUGAGGAAACUUGAGACAAGUCACUAGAUGUCAAGCGGCUAUAGCUUAGUUUUGAAUUAAAUUUAUUCAACAGUUCAGGUAUAACAUAAGUUUUCUGCACACUCUUGAAAAACAGUCUAAACCUUGUUUCCAUCUUCCUCCUUUUCCUAUUUUUAUCUUUUCUUGUUCCUCUAUUGUUUGUUUUUCAUUUCCUUCUUAUCUUUCUUCCUUAAUUCCUUUAUUCUAUCUAUGUCCUUCAUCCAUCCAUCCAUCCAUCCAUCCAUCCAUCCAUCCAUCCAUCCAUCCAUCCAUCCAUCCAUCCAUC